CUCGUCCACUCACCCAGUGAACACAAUCCAGUCUCUCCCUUCAAAGUUCCAACUUCCCAGAAUCUCACCCAGCCAAAAUGACCUCGUCCUCUAUUGUCACUUCUGCUAUGCACCUGGCUCCUCAGACUCUUCCCCUUGCUGGUGCCGGUGCUGUUGUUAUCCAGCAUGCUCUUGGGCAGAUAGCGCCCGGCGUCGUCGCCGGAUCCACUCGCUUCGCCUCCAAGUCCAUCCAGGCCGCUGCUCCAGUGUUCGCACGCUCCAUGUCGACCCGUCUUUCGCACAGCGCCGCACAAACCCUUGGCUCAGCCGGCCUCCACUACCCGACCACCCCAAGUAUCCGCAACAUUGGCCUCAACUCGAUGCCGUUCCGAUCUCCGGUGCAGCGCAUGCCCUUGUUCCAGUCGGUCGAGUCGCGACGCUCCUUCCAGUCCAGCUCGGCCCAGCAAUGCGGAUGGAGACGCUUUGGCGACGGCCACGGCAAUAACUACUACUUUUACGAGCGCAGAUGGCGCGGCUCAGUGAUCCGCUUUCUGAUCCUGGGUGGCCUGAUUGUCUGGAUCGUGCCCAAGUUUGGGUCCGAGUCCUUCACCAGCCUGCCCUCGCAUCCGUUCAUGGCCACGGCCUAUGACCACGCCACCUUCACCACCUUGGCCGUCGCCGGCGUCGGAUUCUUGACGCUGCCCCUGCCUCUGUCGCUUUUGGGUGCAGCUGGAGCCGUUGGCUAUGCCUUCUCAAAGUCGUUCAGUCGAGCCAAAGACCUGGCCACCAACGGCUUCGACUCGGACGAGUGGGAAAUUGUCAAGCUCAGCCCAAACGAGUGGAAAUCGAGCUACAGCCGAUACAACCUCGACCCUUUCUCUGAAUACUUUAGCCGCCAUCAGCACCACCAUCGUCAUCUGGACCUUGAGGACGAAGAUGAGAUCUUGGAGCUCUACAAUCGCGUUCGCAACCACCCCAAGUGCCGGAAGGCUGCCCGCGUCUAUCUCAAGGCCGGUAUCGAGGUCGAGAAGGAGAUCCAGAGGCGCGAGGCCCUCGAGGGCAAGGCUUACCCCGACUUUGUCGUUGCCCGAUCUGUGGACAGCUCGAUUGUCGUGACCCUUCCGUUUGACCGCAAGAUGAUCCAGCAGGAAAUGAAGACCCGCAAAGAAGCUCAGGCUGCUGCCGCUGCCGGUGGUGCUCCUGCUAUCCAAUCCAAGCCUAGGUCCCGGAAGCGCACCGACCCUGAGAUCGAGAGCUUGUAAGCUUGCAGGCUUGCAGGCUUGUAGGUCGCAGGCUUUGUCUGCACCAGAACAACCACAUACUUCCUCAUACGUUGAUUGUAAAUACGAAUUGAUGUGACAUCAAAAUAGCGAUAAUAAAGAUCCG